CAAAAAUAUAGCUUGCUAGUAGAUUUUUCAUAUUUAGAGUAUUGGUUGGAUCAAUUCUUCUGUUUCUUUUCUCCUUAGAUGCAAUUACAAUGUCUCGACAAUCGCAUCCGGAUUCUAACCUGCACCCCGUGGCCACUGGUGCGGCGUCCGCACUUGUCGCUGCCCAUUCGUCUCCUAAGCCUCUAGUACUAUACUCGGGCUGGUUUUGUCCGUUCGUUCAGCGUGUCUGGGCAGUCCUCGAAGAGAAACAGAUCCCGUAUCAGUAUGUUGAAGUUAACCCGUACAAUAAGCCAGACUCGCUCCUCAAAAUCAAUCCGCGCGGGCUCGUACCGACGCUGGAGAUUGACGGAAAACCGCUGUAUGAGAGUUGGGUCGUGAUGGAAUUCCUGGAGGAUAGGUACCCUGACUUGGGGAACUCCUUGAGGAGAAGCGAUAUUUAUGAGAGGGCAAAGGGUAGGAUCUGGGGUGACUUCGUGGGAAGCAGAAUUAUACCAUCUUUCCACCGCUUUCUGCAACAUCAGCCCAUGUCCGACACCGAGAGUCUCUCCUCUAAGCGUCAAGAGCUGCUCAGUCACCUGAGGCAGUUCACACAAGCCAUGGAUCCUGUCGGCCCUUACUUCUUCGGCUCCGAUCCAAGCUUAACGGACUUCAUGCUGGCGCCAUGGGCUGUCCGUCUAUGGGUCUUCGACCACUUCAAAGGUGGACUUGGGAUUCCCGAAGAGGGGCAAGGCGGCAAGGACGAAGAGAUAUGGCGGAGAUGGAGGUUUUGGCUGAAGAAUAUCAGCGAGCGAAGGAGCAUGGUUCAGACUCUGAGUGAUAGGGAGCACUAUCUGCCGAUUUACGAAAGAUAUGCGAACGAUGAGGCCCAAAGCGAACUGGCAAAGGCGACGAGAAGUGGGCGGGGGGUACCGUAGGAGUACUUGCUUAUGAAAACGAGGUUGAAAAUCUCUCGCAUCAUCUCCACUCUUUC